AUGUUGUCCUAUUAUUAUCUGAUUCCUUUCGUCGUAUCUGUUGCUGUCAACGCAAUAACUGUCGCAGUGUCCGGAUCUGGUGGUAAAGCUGUACACCCACUCCAAUAUGGCCUCAUGUUCGAAGACAUAAACCACUCUGGAGAUGGCGGCAUGCAAAACCGUGCAUUCCAGGGCACAUCAUCUAUAUUUCCAUGGACGGCAGUGGGAGGAGCGAGCUUGACCCUAGGAACUACGUCUCCAGCGAUAUCUAGUGCCUUAUCGAAAUCGGUAGCUAUCAACGGAGCUGCAAAUGCUACUGUCGGGCUCUCAAAUCCUGGCUGGUGGGGCAUCGAAGUUAAGCUGCAAGCAUACACUGGAAGUUUCUAUGUUAUGGGCGACUACUCUGGCUCCUUUACUGCCCAACUCAAAUCAUCAUCUGGGGCAGUCCUCGCAUCCGCUAGCAUUUCCUCGAAUUCCAAAACCCGAACAUGGACCAAACAUACCUUCACGCUUACACCCUCUACUAAAGCACUUGAUGUCAAGAAUACAUUCGUUCUAACAUUCACUCCAAUAAACUCAUCCCAAACAUUGAACUUUAAUCUAAUAAGCUUAUUCCCGCCGACCUACAAUAAUCGUCCUAACGGCAUGCGAAUUGAAUUGAUGGAAGCUUUGAAAGCCAUGAAUCCUAGCUUCCUUCGCCUUCCAGGAGGCAAUAACGUCGAAGGCAACAAGUCACCAAAUCAUUGGAAAUGGAGUCAAACCAUUGGUGAUCUUACGCAGCGACCAGGCCGCUCCGGUACAUGGGGAUAUUACAAUACUGACGGCCUUGGGCUUGUCGAGUACAUGCACUGGUGCCAAGAUCUUAACAUGGAGCCCGUUCUUGCGUUUCCUGCGGGUUUAUAUCUGGAUGGGACGAUUGUUUCUCAGUCAGCUCUGCAAGCACUCGUAAAUGAUGCCAUGAACGAACUCGAAUUCUUGAUGGGCGACUCGUCCACUAUCUACGGCAAACUGCGCGUAGACCUUGGUUACGACGAUCCCUUCCCAAUCAAAUAUGUCGAGAUUGGAAAUGAGGACAACCUGAACAAGGGACAAUCAUCGUACAAUUCGUACCGCUACUCUAUGUUCUACAACGCAAUCAUAGCGAAGUACCCGAACAUGGAGAUCAUUGCCUCCACUCGAGCUCUUUCACCUCAGCCUGGGAAGACUAUACAGGAUGAUCAUGAAUACAACACGCCCGACGCAUUUGCAGCUGAGUUCAACACAUUCGACUCUGUGUCAACUUCGCACAAGAUAUUGGUUGGAGAAUACGCUGCCGUCCAAGCGAAUUUGAAAACUGGUGCAAAUACAGAUUGGGGGAAGCCGUUUCAAAGCUAUCCCUGGUGGAUUGGCGCCGUCUCUGAGGCCAUCUUCGAACUCGGAGGAGAGAAGAAUGCCGACAAGGUUAUAGGAUUUUGCUACGCUCCGCUGCUCCAGAACAUUAACAGCCAUCAGUGGCAUCCCGACUUGAUUUCGUUCUCAGCCGACACAUCCCAAACAGCCCUGAGCACGUCAUACCAGCAAAUCAAGCUUUUCAGCAUAAACCGCAUGACAACUGUUCUUCCCCUUACCAAUUCUGCGAGCUACGGACCAGCGUAUUGGGUUGCAGGGGUCAACAACAAUAGCAACACAUACAUCUUCAAAUCAGCUGUAUACAAUACCUCCUCCUCAAUUCCAUUUCAACUCACUUUUCCUGGACAAACCUCUGGUGCAACUGCGCAGCUUACGAUUAUGACGGCGCCAAAUGCAUACUCUUCUGUCACGCCUGGAGGCUCUAAUCCUGUCACUACGAACACCCAGACCAUCACUACAACGAGCUCUGGUUUUAAUUUCUCCCUUCCGCAGUGGAGUAUAGCGGUGUUAACGAUGAAGGGUUCGGGGUCAGGCGGGGUCACUGGUGAUGGUUCUCUCGUAUCACCAACGACGUUGAGAACUUGA